CUCUCUCUCUCUCUCUCAUUCUUUCUCAUUCUUUAAUUCAAUUAUAUAUUCUGUUUGUACUUUUAUGGGGAUAUGGGUGUCUGAGGAAAGUGUUUACGUUUACGUUGAUCGUCCGACUCGAAAUCGAUUACGAUAAAGAAAAGAAACAGCAAAGCUGGAGUGGAGAAAAGGGGGUAAAGAGAAGAACCCAAUAGUGAGAAGAAUAAGCUGGAGUUUAUUCCGUCCCUUUAAGCAAAUGCCCUUUGAUAUCGUUAACGACCCCAACGGCUUCCCCCGCGUUUUACUCUCUGAGCCUGGUGGUUCCUCUGCUGAGGUACUUCUCUAUGAUGGGCGAGUGGUGUCUUGGAAGAAUGAGCAUGGUGAAGAGCUGCUUUUCAGGAGCAGCAAGGCUAUUGGGAAAUCUCCAAACGUAAUCAAGGGAGGGAUAUCUGUAUGUUUUCCUCAGUUUGGCAACUUGGGACUAUUGGAGCAACAUGGAUAUGCAAGUAACAGAUUAUGGUCAUUAGAUAAUUGCCCUUUGCAUCUGGCUCCCGCUGACAACUUGUCAUCGGUGGAUCUUAUCUUUAAGCCCAGUGGAAGACAUCUGAAAAUUCUGCCUCAUAGCUUUGAAUUGCGGCUUCAUAUUUCUCUGGGUCCAAGCAAGCUGACCCUGAUCCCUUGUGUGAGGAAUACCGAUAAAAAGUCUCUUUCAUUUACAUUUGCUCUGCGCAACUACUUAUCUGUAUCUGACAUCAGUGAAGUACGUGUUGAAGGCUUGGAGACACUUGAUUACCUUGACAAUUUGCUGCAUAGAGAAAGAUUUACGGAGCAAGCAGAUGCAAUUACAUUUGAUAGUGAGGUUGACCGCAUUUAUUUAAGCACACCAGCAAACAUUGCCAUUAUAGACCAUGAGAAAAAGAGAACCUUUGUGCUGCGCAAGGAAGGGCUCCCAGAUGCUGGUCUGUGUGACUGUUUGAUCACCAUGUACCUUGUUCUGAAUCCUUUUACAAUUUGUCAUUACCGUUGUUUCACUAAGAAAACUUUGACUCUUGUGGCAUAGUUGUGUGGAAUCCAUGGGACAAGACAGCGAAAGCUCUGCCAGAUUUCAGAGACGAGGACUACAAGAUUAUGUUAUCUGUUGAUUCAGCUGCUUUUGAAAAGCCAAUUGUUCUAAAACCAUCUGAGGAGUGGAGAGGCUGUCAAGAACUUUGCAGUGUCUCUUCAAGCUAUUGUAGUGGGCAGUUAGAUCCUCUAAAGGUUCUUUAUGGAUUUAGCUGACCUCACAACGGCAUGUAACGAGGCUUCCGCGGCAUUAUCGCCUCGUUGCGUGGCUGGUCAGUGUCUGUGUGUGUUGGAAUAAGAGAGAAGUGGGGUUGAUAGCAAGAUCAUUCUAUCAACUAUGUGAAAAUCAGCUUUGUGAUGGGCAUAUUCAAAAUUGCAGUAUAAGAUCUCCUAUCUCUGGAAGUAGUGCUUGAGAGAAACUGUCAUAUGAAAUUUGUGGGCUACCAUACUCUUUUCCUGAUGCUUUGGGUCAGCCCUAUAAUCUAUGGAGGCCCACUUGAUGAUUGGGUCCAUUAGGUUGUGGGAUCAUUACCAAGUACCACCAUGGUUCCAGACUCUGCCUUUAGUACCCAGUUCACAACUCUCUAGGGCCUAUUUGUGGCAUGCAGUCUGAAACCACCUAGAAAUAACUCUUUGUCUGAAGAUAUUAUGUGCACGGCAUGACAGCCUCAUAAGAGGAUUUCGCUCAAAGGUGGCACCUCU